AUGAAGAUUGUUUCCAUUUUGUUGGUGUGUUUAUCUGGUUUUGCCGUUGUCUUGGCUAGAAGUCCCCCCUGCCCCUGUCCUAGGAUUUUAAAACCAGUUUGUGGUGAGAAUGGCCUCACGUACAGCAAUGCUUGUCUUAUGGAAUGCGAAGGCGUCAAGCUAUUAAGCUUUGGUGAAUGCCCGCGUCCAACAGUAUGUACAGCCGACUAUAGACCUGUAUGUGGUGUGGAUGGGGUAACUUAUGGAAACGCUUGCGGUGCUAAAGCAGCGAAUGUUGAAAUUGCAUCAAAAGGAAAAUGUCCGAAGCCAUGUGCUUGUCCCUUCAUUUUGAAACCUGUGUGUGGUGUUGACGGAAAAACGUACCCUAAUGAGUGUACUGCUAAGUGCGAAGGAGUUGAUGUCGCUUCUGAUGGGAAGUGCCCUUGUGUUUGUACGAAGGAAUACAACCCAGUCUGUGGUGAAGAUGGAAAAACCUACCCUAAUGAGUGCAGUGCUAAAUGCGAGGAAGUGAAAAUUGCAACUCAAGGAGAAUGUCCAAAACCAUGUGCGUGUCCCUUCAUUUUCAAACCUGUGUGCGGCGUGGACGGAAAGACGUACCCUAACGAAUGUUCCGCUAAAUGCGAUGGAGUCAAAGUAGCUUUUGAGGGCAAAUGCCCUUGCAUUUGUACGAUGGAUUACACACCAGUCUGCGGUGAAGAUGGCAAAACUUAUUCUAACGAGUGCCAAGCUCAGUGCGAGAAUGUCGCAAUUGCUACACGUGGCGAGUGUCCCGAAGUCUGUGCUUGUCCUUUUAUUUUCAAACCUGUGUGUGGUGUCGAUGGAAAGACAUACCCCAACGAAUGUACUGCCAAGUGCGAUGGCGUUGAAGUGGUUUCCAAGGGGAAGUGCCCCUGUAAGUGUACUAAAGAUUAUAACCCAGUGUGUGGAGAAGAUGGGAAAACUUACUCUAAUGAGUGCAACGCAAAAUGCAAGGAUGUGGCUGUUGUCAGACCAGGAGAGUGUUGAUGAACAGAAAAUUCCGUGGACAACAAUACAGCUGUGUGAUAAUU